UUUAUAACAUUUCAUGUCCCUAAAACUACAAACCAUGGAACCAUUGCCAAUGGCAUUUCUUUUCGUCAUCCCUUUCCUACUCCUUCUGCGUAUCAUUUCUCGGUUUCGAAAAAAACCAUUUCCUCCAGGACCCAAAGGGUUGCCGAUCAUCGGCAACAUGAUGAUGAUGGAGCAGUUAACUCAUCGUGGACUCGCCAAACUCGCUCAAAAAUAUGGUGGCAUAUUUCACCUCAGGAUGGGGUAUUUGCAUAUGGUGGCUAUUUCCAAUCCCGAAAUGGCUCGCCAAGUGCUUCAGGUUCAAGACAAUAUAUUCUCCAACAGGCCAGCCACCAUUGCCAUCAGCUAUUUAACUUACAACAGGGCUGACAUGGCCUUUGCCCAUUACGGACCCUUCUGGAGACAGAUGAGGAAGCUUUGUGUAAUGAAGCUUUUUAGUAGGAAAAGAGCUGAAUCAUGGGAGUCUGUAAGGGAUGAAGUGGAGAAGCUUGUCAGAGCUGUGUCGGCUAAUACGGGGAAGGCUGUGAAUGUGGGUGAGUUGAUCUUUAACCUUACGAAGAAUAUUACUUACAGGGCAGCUUUUGGGUCCAGUUCCCAAGAAGGGCAAGACGAAUUUAUCAAGAUCUUGCAGGAGUUUUCCAAGCUUUUUGGUGCUUUUAAUAUUGCUGAUUGCAUCCCUUGGCUCGGUUGGGUUGAUCCUCAGGGACUCAACUCUAGGCUUGAGAAGGCUCGUCAUGCGUUAGACAAGUUCAUUGAUACCAUUAUCGAUGAUCAUAUCCAGAAGAGGAAGACAAAGGUUAACGGCGGCGCCGGUGAAUAUUAUGACCCUGACAUGGUUGAUGAAUUGCUUGCGUUUUACAGUGAAGAACCUCAAGUAAACGAAUCGGAGGAUCUUAAUUCAAUCAGAGUCACCAGGGAUAACAUUAAAGCAAUUAUUAUGGAUGUGAUGUUCGGUGGGACGGAGACGGUGGCAUCGGCGAUUGAGUGGGCAUUGACGGAGUUGAUGAGAAGUCCCGAGGAUAUGAAGAGAGUCCAACGGGAACUGGCGGAGGUGGUGGGCCUCGACCGCCGUGUGGAAGAAUCCGAUCUUGAUAAACUACCUUUCCUAAAGUGCUGCCUCAAGGAAACGCUGAGGCUUCACCCGCCGAUUCCGCUCUUGCUCCACGAGACGGCAGAGGAGGCAAUAGUGGCGGGGUAUCGAAUUCCGGGGAAGUCGCGCGUGAUGAUCAACGCCUGGGCCAUUGGGAGGGAUAAGAAAUCAUGGGAAGAUGCUGAGAGUUUUAAGCCAAGGAGGUUCAUGAAGGAAGAUAUGCCGGACUUCAAAGGAAGCAACUUCGAGUUCAUUCCGUUCGGGUCGGGUCGGAGGUCGUGCCCGGGCAUGCAACUAGGGUUAUAUACGCUUGAUUUGGCAGUGGCUCACUUGCUGCACUGUUUUACGUGGGAGUUGCCUGAUGGGAUGAAGCGGAGUGAGUUGGACAUGAGUGAUGUGUUUGGACUCACUGCACCUCGGGCAACUCGACUCUAUGCAGUGCCAAAGAACCGCCUCGUUUGUUCACUCUUUUAAAGGGAACCCAAACUGAAACAAUAUCCAGUCUAGUCCUUUAAUGGCAGCUGGUACACAAUGAAAACAGGGCAACACUGACGAAGAAAAAGGAGGAGGUGAGGUGAGAAAGGUUGUUUUUGGUUUUUUUUUUUUUUUUAAUAAAGAUUUUCUUUU